UAAAAUCCCCUUGCAGUGCACGGUGGCGUGCAGCCCACUCUCUGCAGUGUGCCAGUGGUGCCACCUUAAAUGUCAGCACAGGAGCUGGAAUCCGGCCGUGCCGCGGUGUAGGCUUACACCCUGCUCUGCUGUCUUCUUUGCCUUACUUCAACCAUACCAAAAUAGUCGGGAUCCACUACCUAAGAUGUCAUUGUAAUGUUACUUAUCUGAGGUGAAACUGAAGCCCUUAUCUGUGGCUUUGGGCAGCAAUUAAGUGCGGAGGUUGCCUUUUAAAGGCAUCAAGUCCUUGGCUUGGAUCCUUGAAUACUGAACACCAUGAGCAACUACAGUGUAUCUUUAGUCGGCCCGGCUCCUUGGGGUUUCAGGCUUCAAGGUGGCAAGGAUUUCAACAUGCCCCUGUCCAUCUCUCGGCUUAACGACGGCGGAAAAGCAGCCCGAGCACAGGUGGGGAUUGGUGACGUGGUUCUCACCAUUGAUGGUAUAAGUACAGACGGGAUGACUCAUCUAGAAGCACAAAACAAGAUCAAGGCGUGUACAGGCAAUCUGAACAUGACUUUGCAAAGAGUGGCUACUGCAACAAAACCUGAUCUUAUUCAUGUACCAAAGGGAGAACCUAAAGAAGUAGUUAAGCCUGUGCCCGUUGCCUCUGCUGCUGCACCCAAAGUCACUGCCAUGGCCAGUGUAGCUUACAAUAAGACCCCGAGGCCAUUUGGAGUUGUGGCCUCCACAAAAGUCACCUCCAUCCCAUCACCGUCCUCUGCCUUCACCCCAGCCCAGGCGGCACCCAUGCUCCCCACCCCGGCCCCAUUUGCUGCACCAGGACUGCAUGUUAAUGCCAAGCCUAAUGCUAAUGGGCGGCUGCCCACGCCGAGCACUGCUAAACCUGCCGUUAAUGUCCCACGGCAGCCUGGCACGCACAAUGCCGCCCCGGGCGGCCAUGUCGGCGACGGCACCCAGGAGCUAGCGGAGGGGCUGCGACGAGGAUUCAGAGAGAACCAGGGUGACAAUAAACAGCAAAAUGGGAAAAUCCCACCCAAACGCCCCCCACGAAAGCACAUUGUGGAUACCUAUACGGAGUUCUACCACACCCCUACUCACAGUGAUGCCAGCAAGAAGCGGCUGAUUGAAGACACUGAAGACUGGCAUCCCCGGACAGGAACCACCCAGUCACGCUCUUUUCGUAUCCUUGCCCAGAUCACCGGCACUGAUCAUAUGAAAGAACCGGAACAUGAAGGUGCAAAGAAGUCUAAGAAAAAAAUAACACAGAAUGGAGAGCUCAGAAUACCUACAGAUCUGCGUAACAGAGCAGAAGCCCAGGAUACCUCUACUAAUCUGAGUAAAAACUCUGUGGCCACCCAGGCUUUGGAGAUACCACCUGUGCCAUCUACAUCUUUAAUUCCUAUGAGUCAAAACAGUGCUAGACCGGAGUCUGCAGCAGCUUUUCUGCCGAUAGCAGAGUCCUCCCCCAGCAGUGCCCCAUCUCCCAGACUCACUGAACACAUUGAUGCUACAGUUCCUGGGAGGAAAAUAACUGCGGAGUUGCCCUCUCCCAAUGCAUCAGUCCUUUUGCCAAGCACAGCUGGCACAGAGACUCCUCUCCCUGCAAAGUGCAGUGUGGCUACACAGACCUCAGAGCCACCUCUGCCAACCACUACAGCCGUACAGUCACCUUCUGCAGCCCCAUCUGUGGAAGCAAACCCUGUUGUGCCUCCUCAUCCUGCCAGGCAUGAUGCAUCUGUGCCUACUUCCGAAACAAAUGCUUUUGGUAUUAUCUCAAGCUGUCAGUCUAAGUCAUCCAUAAGUCACACAAGCUUGUGUGCUAGAACAGUAUUUCUGGGAAGUACUUCAGGAAGUCCGGCCAAGCUUGGAACUGCUCCUGUUCCUGAUUUUUCUCCUUUUAAGCAGAGAUCAAAAAUUAAGAGUAUGGCUGCUGCUGCCGUUUCUGCUGCCAUUGCUGUCCAUGCCAGGCUCUCUGAUCCUAGUGCCUACCGCUUGCUCUUGGAUGCCCUGCUCAUCACCCCUGUCACUAAACCUCCUCUGCAAGCCAGCAGGCCCUCCAGGAAGUCAACAAGUGCUCUGGAGCUGACAAAGAACAAGAGUGAUUCCAUGGAGUCUACCCCUCCUGCCACUUAUACCACCACUUCAGUGAAGAAUGUGUCUGCCAGCCAUGAAUGUCCAGAUCCUAGACCUACCUCCACCAACAAUGCCACAUCUCCUUCAGUGCCCAAGCCAACAGGACCAUCAAGUGGCGCCAAGUACUCAGGCUGGCAGCCUCCAAGCCAAGCAGCUCCUGCCAGUGGAUGGACGUCAAACAGUAUUAAAUCUGGAACAUCUGGAACAACUGCUCCAAGUCAAAAGUUUGACGCAACCUCUCAGCUAACGGAGCAAGACACAUUGGUUCAGAGGGCAGAGCAUAUUCCAGCAGGAAAGCGUACUCCAAUGUGUGCACAGUGCAAUCAAGUCAUUAGAGGACCUUUCUUGGUGGCCUUGGGGAAGUCAUGGCACCCAGAGGAGUUUAAUUGUGCUCACUGCAAAACUUCCAUGGCUUACAUUGGAUUUGUGGAAGAGAAAGGGGCUCUGUAUUGUGAGGUCUGCUAUGAGAAGUUCUUCGCACCUGAGUGUUCCAAGUGCCAGAGGAAGAUCCUUGGAGAAGUAAUAAAUGCUUUGAAACAAACUUGGCAUGUUUCCUGCUUCGUGUGUGUGGCCUGUCAUAACCCCAUCCGCAAUAAUGUCUUCCACUUAGAAGAUGGUGAUCCCUACUGUGAGACGGAUUACUAUGCCCUCUUCGGUACUUUGUGCCAUGGCUGUGAAUUCAAGAUCGACGCUGGGGACCGGUUCCUGGAGGCACUGGGCUUCAGCUGGCAUGACACUUGCUUCGUCUGUGCGGUAAGUAAAGCUGUUCUACUUUUUAAACAAACCCAUGGCGGCAGUACUUGUGCUAACCUGACUGGUAUGGGAGUUAGAGCUAAAAUGCCUUUCAGUCCUCAGAACCCAAACAAAAAGCACUUUCACAGUUAUUUGGAAGGUAUGUUGCUAUUGUGAGCUAUUGGCACCAGUCCAGAUGCUAUGGCCUGAGUUGCAGCCCUGUGUCCUUGCAUUUAACCCGUGACAUUUGCUUCCGUAAGACAAAUGUUGAAGGCCAUAAAAGAACAGGUUGCAUUUCUCAGGUAUCAAGAGUGCUUUUGACAUAAAGGCACCAUAGCAAAAGUAUGACCUUCUAAUAUUCUGUGGCAUACACAUGUGCACGCACACGCACACAUCCAAAUCCUGUUAGUGGGAUGCAUUUUGUAAAUGCUGCUCCAAGUUAAGAACCUCCUGACUGAAAGAGGAAUGGAAUGCUUGCAUUGACCAUUAACUUUGCAUCAAAAAGAAUAGCACUGUGAAAAAAGGUAAUAAUUGUUAGGCUUUGAAUAUACUUUUGCACAGUACAGUGCCAUGAGUAGCAUUCUGACUAAUGUGUGGUGCAAGUCAUCCGUCUGAACUGGGUGUUUUUUUCUUUCUGAUCCCAUUUCAGGUAUGUAAUGACAGUUUGGAGGGUCAGACUUUCUUCUCCAAGAAGGACAAGCCACUCUGCAAGAAACAUGCUCAUUCUAUCAACAUCUGAUUCUUGGACCUCAUCUUGUUUAGCAAAUGUACUGAGCAGAAGGAAAGGUCAAAAUGUCCAUGUUCAACAAUUGGUUAAAAUUAUUUAUAGAUGCUAUGUUAAAAAUGGAAGAGAAAUAUGGAAAGUUUAGGGGUUUGUAUGCUAUUUUUAGAGUGUUUAUCAGUUAGAGAUUUGCUUCAUAAAAAGAUGGAAAUUGGGAAUUACACCCAAGCCAAACUACUAGAGUGCCUUCACAUCUGUACUUGACAUAUGUGCUAGUUUUGCUGCUGUUCAACAAAUAAGAGGAGAUCAGCUUCAGUGAUCCAGAUCACUUUAUUGUGUUGAUGUUUCUUAAAGUGUAUCUAGAAGUACUGAAGCUAAACUCCAUUAAAAAGGAACUCAAAACAAAAAUAGGCUUACAUGGUAUGCAGUUGAACAGCUGUUAAUUUCAUCUGAUACUCUGGUUUAUGAAUCCUUCUGCACAGUUAUACGUAUCUGUGCCUUUAGCAGUGAAAUCUCUGCUAGACCUGCAGAGUAUAGAGGCUUUUACAAAGCAAUUAAGCAUAGGUGGCUAAGCUAGCAAACAGAAGUGGCUUAGAAGAUGCCACAUGAAAGAAAGCAUUCCUUACGUCAUUACUACCAGAACACUAGCCAAAAGAAAGUCCUAGUUGAGGCUCAUUUAACAAGACAGAAAUGUCAGAUCUGAUCUUCAGUAUAACAAAGUGGGAGUUAUAUUCUUCUGUUCGCACCUGAAGUUUUAGGAAGUUUUCAGUGCCUCGGAAAGGAAAUCACAUUGAAUCUACGUAUAACAGUGCUUAUAACUUGAAUGUGAUGCUUUCAUGUUUAAUGAGGGAAACUUUUGAAGUGCAACUGAGGACAUUGUUUUUCUCUCAGUACAUUCUUUAUGAUGUAGCUCAUAAAUAUGUAUAUUGGUGGCGUGCCAGGUAGUGUACUGAAAACUUAUUUUCUUGCUCAGCUGUUAAUGAUUUUUAUUAGUUUUGCUUUUUUCUUUCCUUUCCAACAGAUGCAAGGAAUAUAUUGUUAAAUAAUGUAACAUUGAUUUAGGCAGUCCAGUAUUUCUCGGUUCUUGCAGGGGAAAGGAGACAAUACUGCCAUUAUGCAUUUAUUGCAAACAAGGUGAUUUUGCCAAUCCUGUGGCUUUGUAUGAAUUUCACUUCCACAAAGAGAGUCAGCACGAGACCUGUGCACCAGCUAAGUCCCACUUGUCUUCAAAUUAGGGCUCAAGUGGUAUGGAGUAAUAGUAAGCUCAUAGGGAAAGGGUGAUGACCCUCUGCACGGGAUGAAUUUACUCCAGCAGAGUUGCACAACAGAGGAGGCCCUCUUGGGGCUAGAUUAGAUUCCUGAUGCAAAAUGCAUUUAUGUGCUAUUAAAUUCAACUGGGAUGUUAGAGCUGAAUUGUGUUAGGCUUCAAUGCUCUUUCCAAUACACAUUCAAAAUGACCGUUUGACCAUUUACUGGGCAGUUUCUUUUUUGUUGUUUUCUUCUGAUUUCUUUUUUCAUUUGGAUUGUUGUUGCUGUUGUUUUGUUUUUUUUUUUUUUGUUUGGUUUGGUUUUUUUUGUUUUUGUUUUUAAAUGACAAAAAGAAGAGGUUUAGACAUAAAGUUACGGGGAAAAAAAUAUGAAAAUUUACUAUGGUUGGGUAAGAAGAAAUGUCAAAAAGGAGGGGGAAAAUGCACCAAAACUGCCAUACUGAAAGAUGGAAAGGUAUUUCUUUUUAAUUCAGUUAAACGAAUUCACACAAUGGGCUGUUUCACAUUAUUUCCUGAGGUUGAUUUUCUUCAAUACUACAGUUUCUUUUUUAACUUCUGGUUGUAUGGAAGAAAUGUCACAAAGCUGUUUAAAAUGUUUAUACUAUUAUAGAUGUACCCUUCUGUGAGUGUCUGAUAAUCAAAAGGAUGGAAGCAGAAUGGAUGAUGGAGCAGCAAUGUGAGCCAGCUUACAUUUGAAAUAAGUGGAAUGUGGGGAAAUGAGACCUAAGAGCUAGGUGUCCAUAGGGAUAAAUUGCACAUGUUUGAGGGAAGAGGACAGGAAUGCACAGGGUAAGGUGGUAUUUUCUGCAGUUAAAACAUUGAUAUUUCGAAGUAUAAUAAAAGGUCUUCAAUGGGCACAAAGUUUGUCAGUGUCCUUAAAGUCAAUUUGAUUUUUUUCCUUUUUUAUUUUAUUUUAUUACUAUUAUUUUAAUUUUAGGUUCAUAAUUUGUAUUGGAUUUGUAUUUCUUAAUCCAUAUGCUCUAGGGUUUGAACUUUCACAGUUAGUGAAUUUGAGGACAAGAGCCUGAAAGGCUCCAGUAGGACUGCUUCACUUAGAUGCUUUGUGUUUUAGUUUCUGCUAUGUUUAUUUGUUUAAAAUUUAAAAAGGAAGCAUAGAAUCACUGAUAUAUAAUGAAUAUUUAAUGGCUUUCUCAAAUUAUCUAAAUCAACUAAGACGAAAAGGAACAUAUUGUUUAUCGUUAUUUUAAUAAGUGAGAUCAUAGUAGAGCACUUUAUUAUAAUGGCGUAUAUCUCACUGAAUAUUUAUUACUUUUUUGUUAUUUAGGACUAUUUCGUACUGGUUGUUUUAUUUGUCAGCCUGCAUGUUUACCUCUGGAAUCUUUUGGCGUGUCGAUGUGCGUGUAUUUAUGUAUACUUACCUAGGUAUGCACAUGUGUGUACACUGAGACAUACAUAUUAGUGCACAUAAGAGUACGUAUAUCUGAUUGAAGACUUGACAUAGCAAAAAUCAGAGCAGUUUCAUUAUCAUUUGAUUUUGCUUGCCUGUUUUUAAGAUUCCCAGCUUCAUAAAAUAGAUCUUCAGCGCUCAUAUUUUGAGGAAAAGUUAGAAAGUCAGGAAACUCCUGUUAAUAACCCAACUACUGUAGGCUUUAGCAUGCAUUUUCAGCCAGUAAUUCCCUUUUCUUCCAAAACUGUGUCAAGAGAAUUGGAUUUAAUUCUGUUUGAAGUUAGAAGAUCUUUAUAACUAAAUAAUUGAAUCAUGACGAGUGUUUCGGUAAAUUGUAACUAAAUAAUUCAGAGUUAUGUGUAAAUAUAAUAAAUGCGUAAUAUAACAAUGCAAUAAACUUAUAAACAAAAGUUAA